CCUACCAAACCAAAUACUUAUAUAACCACCAUUUGUUUGUGUCAACUAAAAACAAAAAUUCGCAUCUUUUUUUCUCCUCUCUCUCUCUCUCUAAAACAUCUCUUUCCAAAGAGCCCAUCUUAACCUACCAAAAAAAAAAAUUGCACCUACAAUUCAUUUCUUUACAUUUUGAAACCACAACCACCAGAACCAGUUGUCUUCAAUAACAGCAAAUAUAUAUAUUAUAUUCAGCUGGAUUUUGUUAUUCCUUGGUGCUCAGGCUUGAGAGGAGCAGAAGGGAAGGGGCGUGAAAUGAAAUGAAAGAGGGCCUACUGGGAAUCGAGUAAUACGUUUGUAUACCGCUACAUCCUUAUCCUCUUCCACACACCCCCCCCCCCGGGCGCCAUACCCCCUCCUUUUAUCCCCUCUCUCUCCCUAAAUCUAUUCCUUCAUCUUCUAUCCUCCCUUAUCCCUUCUUUUUAUUUUUUAUCUUCCAUUUAAUUAGCUCUUCUUCUUCUCUUCCUUGCAACCCCUUUGCAAGUUGCUAUCUUUUUGUAUCUUUAGGGUUGGUUUUCUCUUUUCUUUUUUCCUUUUUUUUUUUUUUUGAAACCCUCGACUCAUCGCUGUGCUCAAAGGUUGUACGAUUGAAUCGGGGGUUGUAUGGCUUUGGUAGCGGCUUUGCUUGAGAUUUUACAAAGACCAACUUUUGGGGAAGUAAUAUUAGAGCUGGGGAUGUUUAUGGCGCCCAUCUGGAUUGCUGUUCUUGUUGGGGUGUUGGUGGGAUGGGCAUGGAAGCCCAAGUGGGCUAAAAUUGGGCCCGAUUCCUUUGAUUCUUCACCUCCAACACAUGUUGCUGCUUCCUCUAGCUCGAUGCUCCUUCAAAACUUGUCUUCUGGGUUUGCUUCAAUUUCAACUCUCAAAUUGCAAGUUCCCAGCUGCAUUUCUUGGAUCAAGGAAACUCAGCCCCCGCCCUCCAUUUCAUGUUCUAGUUCCAGUUCAUUGGAGCUGGAAGGCGAAAAAUCAGUAGUAACAGAUGCAGACCUUCUUUACUUAGACGGAUUGGUUGAAGAGAAAGAUGGAGGGCAUGCUUGGAUUCAGAUGAUGGACCGUUCUACCCCAAAUAUGUCCUAUCAAGCUUGGCGUAGAGACCCUGAGACUGGACCACCGCAAUAUCGCAGCAGAACUGUGUAUGAGGAUGCCACUCCUGAAAUGUUGAGGGAUUUCUUCUGGGAUGAUGAAUUUCGAUUGAAGUGGGAUGACAUGCUUAUAAGUGCUGAAACAUUGGAAGAGUGUCCUACCACUGGAACCAUGACGGUUCAGUGGGUACGUAAGUUUCCCUUCUUUUGCAGUGAUAGAGAAUACAUUAUAGGCCGUCGGAUUUGGGAGUCAGGGCGGACUUACUAUUGCGUCACAAAGGGUGUACCAAGCUCCUCUGUUCCCCGUCGCAGCAAACCAAGACGUGUUGAUCUUUACUAUUCUAGUUGGUGCAUUCGCGCAGCCGAAUCCAAGAGAGAUGGUCGGAUGACUGCCUGUGAAGUGUUACUCUUUCAUUAUGAAGACAUGGGUAUACCUUGGGAAAUUGCAAAACUCGGGGUUAGGCAAGGUAUGUGGGGAGCUGUGAGGAAGAUCGACCCUGGUUUGCGUGCAUACCAGAAACAUAGAGCGUCUGAAGACCCAAUUUCACAAUCUGCACUCAUGGCGCAAGUCAACACCAAAGUUGAUAUUGAGAACCUCAGAUCAUUGGGGAGCAGCUCCGAUCUGUCUGAGAUUGAGCCUGAGGAUUCGCCUGAGAAGCCUGCUGGAAGGAGCAUACCGAGGUUCCUAGUUGUUGGCGGGGCAAUCGCCCUUGCUUGUAGUCUUGAUCGUGGACUCCUCACAAAAGCUGUUAUAUUUGGAGUUGCUAGAAGGUUUGGAGGGAUUGGCAAAAGGUUGUGAAACUGCUCUGGUGUCGAGGCAUUUUAUGUAACAUCAUUUGACCCGUAAGAGAACAUACUUUGGCAGCAAGGCAGCUACCGUGAAGAGUUAGGCAGCUAGAUCCUCCUCCACUGCCGAAGCUGUGAGAGUUAUAUAUUCUGUUGUCUUCUGUCGAGCUGCAAGGCAGCCACUGUUCAGGAGAAUCCAGAUAUACUAUACAUGUAUUUUUUGAAAAUUCUGGUAUCACUGAAUAUCUCAUGCUUCAAAUAAAAAGCAAAGCUGAUUCUUUUAUGAA